AUGACAGCUGUGGAAGUGGCAGAUAGACUCAAGAAUAAGGGCAACGAGGCGUUUCAAGAGGGGAAGUGGCACCAUGCCAUUGAUUUGUACUCCGAGGCUCUGGCGAUUCACAAGACGCCAGCGCUUCUGUGCAACAGGGCCUUUGCGUACCUCAAGACGGAGCUUGCUGGCGCCGCUCUCGCCGACGCUGACGAGGCGCUGAUGCUAGACCCGGGCUAUGUCAAGGCGUAUUACCGCAAGGCAUCGGCGCACCUCCAAAUUGGGAAACACAAGGAGGCACUAACGGACUUCAGGAAGGUGGUGCAGCUGAUACCUGGCGACAAGGAUGCGCGGAAGAAGCUGGAGUUCUGUGAGAAGGAGGUUCGUCGCAUACGCUUUGAGAACGCUAUUGACACCCCCGAUGCGGAGCCGGUGUCACGCACGAUCAAGUUAGGCACCGUGCGGCCUGAAUACGAUGGUCCCCGCAUUGAGGGCGACACGAUCACGGUGGAGUUUGUGGAGGCCCUCAAGGAACGCUUCCGCGUCGAGAAACUUAUUGAUCGCCACGACGUGGUCUUUAUUUUGUUGGAGGUGCUGAAGUUGUUUAAGAGCUACCCCAACUUUGUGGCGAUUGAGGUGCCGACGGGUGCCGACAUCACCGUUUGCGGUGACACACACGGGCAGUACUACGACCUUCUCAACAUAUUUAAAAUGAAUGGGUCUCCAUCUCCGACGAAUCGCUACCUCUUCAACGGCGACUUUGUGGACCGUGGCUCAUACUCGCUUGAAAACGUCAUGACUCUCUUUGCCUACAAGUUGCUCUAUCCAGAGCACAUGUUUCUCUCGCGCGGCAACCAUGAGGGUUUGGCCAUGAAUCGCGUGUAUGGCUUUGAGGGUGAGGUGUCGCAGAAGUACAGCAAGGAGGUAUUUCACCUAUUCUCGGAGGUGUUUAACGCCCUCCCCAUUGGCCACAUAAUAAACAACGAGGUCUUCGUUGUGCACGGCGGGUUAUACUCUCGCGAUGAUGUGAUGCUAGACGACCUCCAAAAGCCCAACCGCUUCCGUGAGAUACCAGAGAACGGCCUCAUCUGCGAGAGUCUCUGGGCCGAUCCACAGCCGAUGCCUGGCCGUACCCCGAGCAAGCGUGGCGUCGACUGCCCAUCAUUUGGCCCGGAUGUGACGGAGAAGUUCCUGAAGAACAACAACUUGAAGCUAGUGGUGCGCUCACACGAGGUGAGGGAGGAGGGCUACGAGGUUGAGCACGAUGGAAAGUGCAUCACGGUUUUCAGUGCCCCAAACUACUGUGACCAGAUGGGUAACAAGGGUGCCUUUAUUCGUUUCACGGGCGGAGACAUGAAACCGAAAUUUACGACCUUCGCCCAUGUGACUCACCCAGGCAAGCCACCGAUGCACUACGCCAUGGGAAUGGGUCUCUUCUAA